GCCGUCCAGCUCGCUCGCCGCGCACGUCGCGUCUGUAAGGACUGUCGCAGAGCCUUGUCAUUCUGACCUGGGGAGCUCUGGCUUCCUCCCACAGAGUGUCUGGCAGAAAUGUCUAAUGCAAAAGAAAGGAAACAUGCUAAGAAAAUGAGAAACCAGCCCACCAAUGUGACUUUAUCCUCUGGCUUUGUGGCUGAUAGAGAUGUAAAGCACCGUAAUGGAGGUGGAAAACCCUUCCAAGCUCAGAAAGAGCCUUAUUCUGGGACUUCACGACAGCGGCAGACCAGAACAGCCCACCACACACUGGCCGAGUCGGAUGCCAACGAGCAGUCUUCCUCCAGAGUAACGUUUAAAAAAAAGGGAGGCUGGAAAGCAGGUCCCGAGGGCACUUCGCAGGAGAUCCCCAAGUAUAUAACCGCUUCUACUUUUGCUCAAGCCCGAGCUGCUGAAAUCAGUGCCAUGUUGAAAGCAGUGACCCAGAAGUCUUCUAAUUCGCUGGUUUUCCAGACUCUGCCACGGCACAUGAGACGAAGAGCCAUGAGCCACAACGUCAAACGCCUUCCUCGACGGUUGCGGGAGAUUGCCCAGAAAGAGGCAGAGAAAGCAGUUCAUCAGAAAAAAGAACACUCAAAAAAUAAGUGCCAUAAAGCUCGACGGUGUCACAUAAACCGGAUGCUAGAAUUUAACCGUAGACAAAGGAAGAACAUAUGGUUGGAAACUCACAUCUGGCACGCGAAGCGGUUUCACAUGGUCAAGAGGUGGGGCUACUGCCUUGGGGAGCGGCCGACCGUCAAGAGCCACAGAGCCUGCUACCGAGCCAUGACGAGCCGCUGCCUCCUUCAGGAUCUAUCCUACUACUGUUGUUUGGAGCUGAAGGGCAAAGAGGAAGAAAUCCUAAAGGCACUUUCCCCAAUGUGCAGCGGAGACACAGGAUUGACUUUUGCCGCGGUUCACUAUUUGUCUGGAAAGUGCCAAGGGAGUCUCUUGCUUUACCGGGCCAAUAAAUAUCCUCGAGAAACGCUGGGGCCUGUUACAUUUAUCUGGAAGUCUGAGAGGACCCCUGGUGACACUUCUGAGAGCAGGCAGUUGUGGAUCUGGCUUCACCCAACUCUUAAACAGGAUAUCUUAGAGGAAAUAAAAGCAGUGUGCCAGUGUGUGGAACCCACCGGAUCAGCUGUUUGCAUCCCUGACCCCCUUCUGACACCAUCCCAAGAAAAAAGCCAAACUGAACUGCCUGAGGAGAAAACUGGCAGGAAAAGAAAACGGAAAGAUGAUGGAGAAAAUGCUAAACCAAUGAAAAAAAUCGUCGGUGAUGGAACUAGAGAUCCACUUCAACCGUAUUCUUGGAUCUCUCCAGCCACAGGCAUUAUAAUCAGUGAUUUGACGAUGGAGAUGAACAGAUUCCGGCUGAUUGGUCCACUUUCCCACUCCAUCCUAACCAAGGCACUAAAAGCUGCUUCUGUCCACACUGAGGCAGAGGACACAGAGAAGACACCGCACCGCUGGUGGGCUGAAGCCUGUAAGAAUCCGGACAGCGUUUCCCUUCAUCACAGACAAGAGGCCGUUUUUGAACUGUUGGGAGGAGUAACAUCACCAGCAGAAGUUCCAGCAGGUACUGUUCUGGGACUGACAGUUGGUGACCCACGAAUAAAUUUGCCUCAGAAGAGGUCCAAAACUUUGCCCAAUCCAGAAAAAUGCCAAGAUAAUGAGAAAGUUAUUCAGCUGCUUCUGGAGGGUGUGCCUGUGGAGUGUUCACAUAGCUUUCUUUGGAACCAAGAUAUCUGUAAGAGUGUCACAGAGAAUAAAAUCUCGGACCAGGAUUUAAACCGGAUGAGAAGUGAAUUGCUGGUGCCUGGGUCACAGCUUGUUUUAGGUCCCCACGAAUCCAAGGUUCCUAUACUUUUGAUUCAACAGCCAGGAAAAGUGACUGGUGGCGAUCAACGAGGCUGGGGAAGUGGCUGGGAUGUCCUGCUCCCAAAGGGCUGGGGCAUGGCUUUCUGGAUUCCGUUUAUCUAUCGAGGUGCAAGAGUUGGAGGAUUAAAAGAGGCCGUGAUGCAUUCUCAGUAUAAAAGGUCGCCGAACGUCCCAGGUGACUUCCCAGACUGCCCUGCCGGGAUUCUGUUCGCUGAAGAGCAAGCUAAGAAUCUUCUUGAAAAGUACAAAAGACGCCCUCCUGCAAAGCGGCCCAACUAUGUGAAGCUGGGCACUCUGGCACCUUUCUGCUGCCCCUGGGAGCAAUUAACUCGAGACUGGGAAUCCAGAGUCCAGGCCUGGGAGGAGUCGUCUGCAGCUUCCUCUCCGGGGGGUGGGGAGAUGGGUCCGACCGGAGACGUGGUGCCUGGUGCUCCCACGCCUGGAAGGACUCGUCAGCUGUCUGGGGAAGCGGGCACCUCCCUGAAUGACGCAGAGGUAAUGGACAUGGAUUGCCCAGCCCGGGCAGGGCCUGAGUGGGCAAUGAGCCGGGGUGCCACCAGCAGCCUCUUCUGUGUCCUGAGGAGUAGAAAAUUACUGAGGCAGCUGUCGGCCUGGUGCGGGGACCGUCGGGCGGCCCGGCUGGGUCCUGGCAGAGGGCAGCAGGAACUGAGCAGAGAGGUCUGCUUGUCCGUCUUGGACUGCUUCCCCAGGGCCCUGGUGUGGGUCAGGCUGUCCCUGCUCAGGAAGGGCAGCCCCGAGCCGCACACCAUGAUCUGCAUCCCGGCCAAGGAGGACCUCCUCCAGCUCAGCUGCGAUCGGCUGUACCGCGGGCCCCAGGAAUCCAAGCACUGCGACCCAUUCAAGAGCAAGAUCCGGAAACAGAAGGAGAAGGAAAAGACAGAGAAGAGGCAGAACAGAGGGAGCGCCGCAUCCGAGGGCCUGGCAGACGGGGACCCUGCCGCCGGGCCCCACGCUCUGACCCUGGGUUUGUGGUCCGGCCCUCUCCCGGCUGUGACUUCUCACUGCUCCAGAGUUCUCCUGGGCUUUGUCACCCGGGGAGAUUUUUCCAUGGCCGUCGGCUGUGGAGAAGCCCUGGGUUUCGUCAGUUUGACGGGCUUGCUGGAUAUGCUGUCCAGCCAGCCAGGAGGGCAGCGGGGCCUCGUGCUGCUGAGGCCGCCCGCCUCCCUGCAGUAUCGAUUUGCGAGAAUCACUGUUGAGGUGUGAAGGUCGGUUCACCUCCGGGCAGGGCAUAGAUAAUAACUGUGUUUGCCAGUCCCCGCCAUGGGAGGGUUGUUUUCACCAUCUUCUGUUUUAAAAUUUCAUGUGAAAUUCCUUAGAAACGAGAAUUUUAAAAAAUUAUGUAUUUAUGCAAAUGGAUGAAAUGUUUACAUCAUUCCAGUAAUCUCAUUGCCAUCUUUCCCUGUCCUUGCUGUCACACUUUAGAAUUAUUUGGCACAUAUAGGCAACAGCUUUUGUAUUUUGAUUUCUUGGUCUGUGUAAUUCUUGCUGAAAAUAAUUCAAAGCUCUGUGUUUUCUUGCCUCCCUUUUUAUCAGGAACAAAGGGCUGUCAAGUCUGUUGGAAAAAUCUUGUAGUCCUGUGAUAAGUGACGAUGGUUGUUUAAUGAUUUGAUUGUUAUGGAAGAGGAAAAGACCAGAAACAUCUGGCCUCCGUACAUGAAAUACGGGCCCCCAUCUGGGCCAUGUUCAGUUCUGUACUGUAAUCAGCCUGCUCCACACUUCACACCAUAAAGAAGGAAAUCGUGGAAAAUGUAUCGCUGCCUCUUUUCAGGCAGGUUUGGUUUAUGGCCAAGGUGUGGAGAUGGAAUUAGUGGUGGUCUGUGAUUUUACGACCCCUUGUCCUGUGGUGUUGACCAGCACGGGAUUCUAGGAGUUACUUUUCUGAGCUUUUUGUUUCUGCAAAGAUUUUUUUAAAGCCAUUGAGGAGCAUUUCUCAAAAUAUAUUCUAUGAAGUGUUAUAUAAGGAGAAGAUUCCAAGGUCGGAGGGAUUUGGGAAGCUCUGGGUUAAAUACAGUGAAGCAUUUCUUUCUAAAGGACUUCUGGAACCUUCCAUGUGAUAAUGCACAUUGGGUUCUCCAGGAAGUGGGUAAUAGUCUACAGUGUUUUCUGAAUCUUUUUGAUCCCCAGAUUCCUUUUGCAAAGAGCACUUUGUAGGACCGGUGUUCUUAGGGACACACUCUGGGAAAUGUGGCUGUGCAAGGUGACAAUUAAUGACAAGCUACUUUUAAACGUUCAUGCAGUCCCAUCGUCCACCCGACCCUGGGAGCAGGUCUCAUCCUGUCCCACAGGAAGGGUGGGAUCACUGCUGCUUUUAUUCACUUGCAGGGAACCUAGCUGCUCACCAGCUUUUAGUUGCCAUCUGUGACUCACUCAUCCCCUUACUCCAUCAUAUUCCUGCCACACAUUUCUAGCAGAGUGUCAGUGGCAUUUUAAAAAUGUACAGCGAGGUAUUAUUUCAUGUGAACGCAUUGUGUGUUUGCAGUAGCAUCUGGCAAUGAAUGUCUUCAGAAGUGAUAAGCUGGGGAGAGACACAGCAAGCAUCACAGUGGCCAGUGAACUGUCUCAUGCUUUCCCACUCACUGUGCCUCUGGAUGUAUUUGUGUCCAACACAAAUGCAACUGAAAAAAAAUAGUAUAACUCAACGGUGUCUGUGAGCAGAAUAAAUGGAAAUGUCACCUGGUG